ACAAGACGCCAAGGCCGAGGUAAAAACUGUGAACCCAAACAAAUAAUUUGAAAUUAAAGCUAACACAAAGAGUCGAAUUCGUGGCCGGCGUAGCGGAUUGCCGAAGAAGAGAGUUCGGUCGGAGUUUAUUUGUAAUCGCCAUGUGCCAAAGCCCAACCAAAUAGCGAAUAUUUAUCAAAAAUAACCAUAGAAAAAGAAAAAACACCCAUAGCGGAUUUCUGGAGUGAGGAAAAAUCAACGCCGCUGGGCCCCGAAGGGAAAUUUUAAGCAAACAAAAUGUGGAAAAUCUGCAUUUUUACAUUGGUAAUUGCGGUGGUUGUUGCAACAACUCUGCCGGCAACACCAACAACAACACCAGCAACAGCAGCAACAACAGCACUUCCUGGGAAAACCAUAACAAAUGACUCGGGCCACGCCUCUUUGGAGGCCACUAGCAGCCGUUCCCCGGCAGAAAACCGAACGCUGUUGAAAAUAUCCAGUGAAACGGUCGAAAUUUCAACUGUGGGCGGUUCAACCUCAACGGCCACGCCCACCACGACGGCCACAACCAGUACAACAACAACGCAGGCAACAACAGCAGAAACGGGAGCGGUGGUGCUGCCGGAAAAUGAGGAAACACGAAAAGCCAAGCUAAUAACAACCGCCCAAAAAAUGCCUUUAGUCGGUUUGGGUGAGCUGAGCGGCAUCAAGGAUGCACUGCAUCGCAUUAAAUUGAGCGAGAAGCCACUGGAGGCAACAACGGAUUCACCAGCAACAUCAACAUCAACGACCAUAGCCACUGAACAACCGGAAGCCGAGGAUCAGGACGAUGCCGACGAGGAGGAUAUGGCCCCCACGAUUUCCCCCCUGCAAAUUCAAAUGCAGGCAGCUGCCUCAUAUCAAGUAGCCGAGACGUUGGCCGACCUAAAUGAGGAGGAAAGGGCGCGAUACGAUGCCAUGCUGGCGCAACAGCCCACGGCUAGCAAGCUAAAUAUUGUGGAUCUAUAUCCACUUAAAAUCGAUGAUUUCCAGCCCAUUAUUCAGAACGAUAAUGAAGAGCUGAUCAAGCAGCGCACGGUUUUCACGCAGCCGGAAAAUACGGAGGAAUACAAACAGAACCUGAUGCCCAACGAGGUGGAGCUGAUAAUCAACAAGGAGGGAGGAGUUGGUGAUAAUCAGGAGAAAAUCAAAAUUAACAUAGCCAAGGUGGAGGAAAACACACCCAGCACAACGACGAUAGUAAGGACCACGACUAGCAACUCGAAUCAAGGAACCACGGCUGAUUUUACGGGAAAACUGCUGGCCGAUCAAGACGAUCUGAUCACGGAGAUCGAGAGCAAGUUCCAGCUGCACGAAACAACAACGGCAAAGCCCAAAGUUGCCAUAAAACUCCGCCCCGGAGAUACUUUCAUCGAUCGGCGGGUGAAGAAGAGCUUCGAAUUCCCGAUGCAACACCGGGCCAGCGAUGUAAUGGCCAUGCCACAUAUAGACUUUGCAAACACCAAGUUCCAAACCGAUGCCGAUGCCCCCAAUCCGCCGGCCACGCAUCCAGAAUUUUCCACCACAAAGUUCUACAACAGCAAGGAGCUGUACAACGAAAUGCUGCUGCAUAAUAAGCGCAAGUUAAUGAAGGAAACCAAGCAUGCUAAGGCCGCUAAGGAUGCUAGGGCUGAAGGCAGUCCGAUAAAGUCAGCGGAGGAUACAACUCAGGCCGCCAACUUGAACGUGACUCCGGAAGGGAAAACUUUUUCGCCGACAGCAACAACAGCAUCACCAACUGGAACUGCCAGCACAACAACACUGAAAUCACCAACAGCAAAAACAACAAUAACAACAACAGCAGCCUCAGUUGAGUCAACAACAAGGACGACUGACAGUCCAGAAACUACGGCAACUACGGCAGCCGCUGGAAAAUAUCAGAAAGAGCUUAAGCGUGCCAAAUUAUUGCUCAAGGCCCUGACACCGCCCAAGUCCGACAAACUGGCAGUUGUCUCGGCCAAAGUUAAAGCCGCAAAAGUAGGGGAAGAGCCAACCGCCGGGGAAUCCCCAUCAUUGACUUCAACAUCGACAUCGACAUCGGCAUCGGCAUCGGCAGUACCUUCGACCACGACCAUGACCAGUCCCAUGCUUUUGGCCACCGCAAGGACGCGUCCACAAGCGGCUAAUCCCACUAAGACAGCCUCAAAGCCAAUUGCCAGGCCGCGCAUUUUGAGUCGCCUGCAGGAGAAAAUCAAUUCACUUGAAUGCGAGAUCCCCACGGUCCCGCAGGACUCGCAUCUGUGGCGCGGCAAUGAGACCCACGAAUUGCUGUUGCCCAUUGUGACCACGGAGCACUGUAAGCCGAACGAGAACUGCAUACCGAAUGUCCUCACCUGGCGAGGCGAGGCGGAGAUCCAAUCCGGCGACAUCCUGAUUGUGGAAAUCAAUGAUGCCAUGCUAAAUCCAUCGCACGAGCCCAACAACACCAGCAGCGCGGUACACGCCACACAGGUGUAUCAGGUAACUCGCUCCGGCCACGAGCAUUGCGACGUUACCGAGGGCGUCCUGCUGGAUAUCACGCCGCUGGUGGUCGAUGGCAGGAAACUGGUUACCCUGUACGACAAGGACCUCACCGAGGGAGUUAACUUGCUAAUUGUGGUGUCCGAGCUGUGGGGAGCACAGUGUGUGCGACUGAAGGUGACCACAAAAACCGACAACUGCGGCGAGAACGCCGAUUGUUCCGGCAAGGGAGUCUGCUACUCGGACUCCGGGAUGGAGGAGUACGAGUGCCAGUGCUGUAGCGGAUUUGCUGGUCCGCACUGCGAGGAGAUCGAUGCGUGCAACCCGAGUCCUUGCACUAACAACGGCAUCUGCGUGGACCUCUCGCAGGGCCACGAGGGCAACUCCUACCAGUGCCUGUGUCCGUACGGAUAUGCGGGCAAGAACUGUCAAUACGAGUCGGAUCCCUGCAAUCCCGCCGAGUGCAUGAACGGCGGCAGCUGUGUGGGCAACUCCACGCACUUUCGCUGCGAUUGUACGCCCGGCUUCACAGGACCUCUCUGCCAGCACAGCCUGAACGAGUGCGAGUCCUCGCCGUGUAUUCACGGCAUCUGCGUGGACCAGGAGGACGGCUUCCGUUGCUUCUGCCAGCCAGGAUUCGCCGGCGAGCUGUGCAACUUCGAGUAUAAUGAAUGCGAAUCGAAUCCGUGUCAGAAUGGCGGCGAGUGCAUCGAUCACAUUGGCAGCUACGAGUGCCGCUGCACGAAGGGCUACAGCGGCAACCGUUGCCAAAUUAAGGUUGAUUUCUGCGCCAACAAGCCUUGCCCCGAAGGACACCGCUGUAUUGAUCAUGGAAAUGAUUUCAGCUGCGAAUGCCCCGGAGGUCGCAACGGACCGGAUUGUAAUCAAAUGCCACGAACGUACUUCCAGCAAUGCAACGUGAAUCCCUGCACCCACGGCGGCACUUGCUGGUCCAGCGGAGAUAGCUUCUACUGCGCCUGUCGUCCCGGCUACACGGGCACCAUGUGCGAAGAUGAGUUUGUGGUGGAGACUGUCGUUAGCUCCAGCGAAUUUAUUGUGGACGAUGCGAACGCUAGAAAUUUUAAUGACAAAACUUUCGGUUCAUCGGUUGUGCUUAAGAGUCCCAUUGAAUUGCAUAAUGCAUAUUUUGCGGCCGGAGUCCUGGCAGCCGCCAUUUUCAUCGUUGCCGUUGUGGUCACCAUUUGUCACUGCAAGGUCAAUCAGACGUAUCGGAAAUUCUCGACACGUUCCACCUCGUUUAUACCCAUCCUGGGCUUCAGUCGCCGGCCCAAAAUGCAGGGCAAACUCAAUAAGCACUGGCUGAGUGGCAAGGGUGCCGCUUCCGCUGCCGCCGCCGUCGCAGCCACUGCGGGUGGCACCUCUAAUGUGGCACCUACGGGUGGACCGAGGGGAAAUGGGGCCGCGCGGCACCUACCGGGACAACCGCAAACGCAGACCACGCUGGGUGGCCAGCUGCAGGAGCGACCUUUCCAGCGGCACCUGGCCAUGAACCUGGAGAAUGACAUGUACUACACGGUGGACUUCAGCGAGAACUCACAGCACUCGCCGUUGAUACAGUGAGACUUGGACGGCAGCGGCGGAUGGCUAGUCAAAUUCACCCCAAACAGGCAGGAGUGAGGGAGUGGCGGGGCGGGGUCCUUGGUACUUGGUCCUUGGGCGGGGAUUGUGUAAUUAUCUUUGAUGCUACUCGUUGAAUAUUCCAAAUAUUGAACAGUAUUCGAUAAUAAUAAACUAAAAACGAUAUAUGUAUGUGCGAGGGGAGAACUAACUUUACGAUUAUGAUUCCGGCUAAUGCAAGCACAAAUAUUUAUGAUUAAUACAUUUAUGUAUGUAUCUCCGGCAUAAAUAGGCUUAGCAAACUUGUUUAUCCUGGUUUAUUUUGGCUAAGCACACACGGGCACACGGACACGGACACAGAUAUGAUAAUGUUUGAUUAUAAAACACUCACGAGGGCGAAGGCGCAGGGAGAGAUAAUCUGAAAUUAUGUAAAUGUUUAAUGGGCUUGCACAAAACCUGCUCCAGUUGUCCUGUCCGCAUAAGUUUAUCGUUUGAAUUUUGUACAUUUAUUCGGACUCGGGGCAGACAAGGCUCAACUAUACUUCAAUUUGUGUUUGCCUUCUCAUGUGGAAUGCAGGAGCAGAUAGGGCUGGCCCUCGGCUAAUUGUGGCCAUAAAAUCCCUCAUAAAUUUGUUAUGCAAAUGCCGGGUCCGGCCUUUAUGGAUGGCCAUUUGCAUAUGGACAUUUCAAAGAGAUUAAAUGACUUUCUUGCCCGGCGGCAGAAAGGUUUCUCAAUAAAUUUAAUUAGCUAGAGUUGGGACUAAUUAUGUUUACCGUUCCGAAAAUUCAUAAUACUCUUAACUAUUUCCAAUAAUAACGGAAAAUGGAGUUGUCUAGCAUUUUCAAUGCAUUUUCAUUUGCAAAUGUUUGCAAUUAGUUGAAUACAAUAAAACGAAUCAGCAGCAAGAACGCCAAGAAUUUGUACUGUGAUUUGUUUCUGGUCACGCUGCUGAAAUCAAUUUCCACUCCAAUGUGUCGCAAAUAUUGGGUUUAUAUCAACUACUAAUUUCUGGAAAUUCUGUUUGGUUUAGAUUUAAUUAAUUUUGCCAUACUAAUAAAUUGGGGGAGCGGGUGAUUUAAAUUGAAUUUGGCCGGGGCAGAUAUCAGAGAUUAUUGUUGCUAACUGAAUUCGGCCAUCUGUGAGUUUGGGUGUUCGACCGCAGUCGAAAGUUGUUAGUGAAAAAUAAUUAGCAUAAAUUAAAAUUGUAGCCACAAAAGUUAAUAUGUUUUUUGUGCAUAAAUAAUAUUUAUUUUGAAAUCAUUUCCGUAAACGAUGGCAUGUGUUGUGUGUGUGUAUCUGUGUGCUGGCCACAUUUAGCAUAUUGCUGUUGAUAUGCAAACAUAAAUGCUGAUCAAAUGGCAAAGAGCUGCUCUCAAUAAAUGGUUUAAAUAAAAAUUAAAAUUAAAAUAAAGACGAAAAACAAAUUGAGACGAAAAUUCUGAUACAGCUUGGUGCAUUCAUUUUUUGCAUCAAUAAAUAAUAUUCGUGCAAUUUGGAAUGCAGAGAAUGGGUUUGUAAUUAAAAUGCUAUAUUAAGUAAUUAAUAACGAUAAACUGAGGCAAGCAAAAACAAAAGCCAAAUGGAAAACCAAUAAUAUAAAAUUAAUGAAAAGCCGUAGCCUAAGGAAAAACACGACAAAAAAAAACACAAAAAGAGAGCAAAGCAAAAAUGACAGUAAUGUAAUGAAAAAAUUUAAAUUUAAAUAAAACAAAAGGGGAAUAGCAACAUUUUUAUUCAUUGCGUGAAAUGAGUAACCUAUGGCAAAACACUUGGCGUUUUGGGCAAUUACAAUUUAAUUUUUAAGCCAAUCAGCAAAAUAAAGUGGAAAAUCCAGUGAAA